AACAAUUAGCUCUCUCUCUCUCUCUAUCUCUCUUCCCUUGGGCCGCUGCACAACACGAAGGAAAGGAUAGAGAGAGAAACAGAAAAAAAAAGGUAGGAAGGGUCCAGUCCAAAAAUCUACAAUCAAUUCACAGUAGCGUAGAGAGAGAGAGAGAGAGCCACACGAGGCCAGCGGAUUUAUCGACUCACGCAAUAAUUUUUUUUUUAUUUUCCACUUCCAGUUUUAUUAUUAUUGGGUUGGUUUUCCCAUCUAAUCUAAAAUAAAUCUAUGUACUACCCUCUCUUUGCAUGACGUAUAGUCCUCUCCGCCGCAUCGGAGUUUCAGCCGGCCACCGCCUCAGACACUCCUAAUCUCGUUUUAAUCCGUCACCUAUUUGAUUUUUUUUUUUUUUGCUGUGUUCGUCUAUCAAUUUGUUGUUUUUUUACCUUGUUUGCGAUGAAAAUCGAUUGAAACCCUCAAAAAGUUUGGAUUUUUUUAGUUUUUUUUUUUGGAAAUCUAGGGUUGGAUUUUUCUUUUUUUUUUGGGUUCGAGAACUUUCGGUGGAAAGCUAGAAAAAAGAGGGGGGUAGAGAUGGCCGCGAAUGGGCAGGGGAUAGAGCCUGCCGUAUUGGAUGACAUCAUCAAUCGGCUGUUGGAGUUUCGAAGCGCGAGGACUGUGCGUCAGGUGCAGCUCUCCGAGAAUGAGAUCCGUGCUCUCUGUACGACGUCGCGUGAAAUCUUCCUUUCCCAGCCUAAUCUCCUCGAGCUCGAAGCCCCUAUUAAGAUCUGCGGUGACAUCCAUGGGCAAUAUGGGGAUCUUUUAAGGCUUUUUGAGUACGGGGGAUUUCCUCCAGAGGCCAAUUAUUUGUUCUUAGGGGACUACGUGGACCGUGGCAAACAGAGUUUAGAAACAAUAUGUCUUCUUCUUGCCUACAAAAUCAAAUACCCAGAGAAUUUCUUUCUCUUAAGAGGAAAUCACGAAUGUGCUUCUAUUAAUAGGAUAUAUGGAUUCUAUGAUGAGUGUAAACGCCGAUUCAACGUGAGACUAUGGAAAGUUUUCACUGAUUGUUUCAACUGCCUUCCUGUGGCAGCUCUUAUAGAUGAUAAGAUACUCUGCAUGCAUGGUGGUCUGUCUCCUGAUCUGACGAACUUGGAUCAAAUAAGAAAUUUACCUCGUCCAACUGAUAUUCCCGACUCUGGUCUGCUUUGUGAUUUACUUUGGUCUGAUCCUAGUAGAGAACUUAAAGGUUGGGGGAUGAAUGAUAGGGGUGUCUCGUACACAUUUGGUCCAGAUAAGGUCGCUGAAUUUCUCAUGCAACAUGAUAUGGACCUUGUUUGUCGUGCUCAUCAGGUUGUUGAAGAUGGAUAUGAAUUUUUUGCUGAUAGGCAGCUAGUUACCAUAUUCUCUGCACCCAACUAUUGCGGUGAAUUUGAUAACGCCGGUGCUAUGAUGAGUGUUGACGAGAGUUUGAUGUGCUCAUUUCAGAUUCUGAAACCAACAGAUAAAAAGCGGUUCUUGUGAAACAAGUUCUAAUUACUUCCUUCUCUUUUCUCUAGGAAUAUGAAGAUGUCCUGUCGUUUGGUGCCCAGAUAUACUACUGGCCUCUUUAACUGGGCAGAAUUUGGAUACAUGAGCAUUGGUACUAAGGCAAUUCGAAUGAGUUAGAAUCUUGUUCAAGUAUUCGUUUCCUGAGGUGGAUUAUCCCAAAGACUGAUUUGGAGGCAACUGGAAUCAAGUGGUCUAUUUUUAUUUUUAUUUUUCGUUUUUUUUAAUAUUUUUCUCGAUGCAAUUUAUAAUUCGACUGGUUUUGUAAAAUUGCAGUACAACCGUAGAUUUCUUGCGACAGAUUUUUCCAGGGUUGCCUCCCUCUUGAACAUUGUUCUGAUGAAUCUUCUAUUGUAACUUCAACCUAUAUACUCUAUUUUUAUUAUGUUGAAUUACGUGCUAUCGUGCAUUCUUAGAUGUCGAA